AUGCUUCAAUUAUUAGGUCGAGUAUUAGUACGAGGGCCUAUUAUACAACGAGCCCAAUUGCUACAACAUGUUGGAAGAGGUUUGGCUACGCAAGGUCAGAAGGUGGUUGAGGAAAUCAGUGAUGAUGGUGCCAAUUUCCCUGCAGAUGCUGAAGAUUUUGCAGGAAUAGAAGCUGAUGCAGACUCCAGGACGCGUUAUAAUUUUGAUGAGAACCAUAUCGAAGUGACUGGUGUUGUUCGGGGACCACCGAGAGUAUAUACAAUGCCAACCGGUCGACAAUAUGCCAUUGUAAAGCUAUCAACAACAAGUGUUGAUCGUCGAGGUUCUGGACGAUUUGUCUCUUUUGUCGAUGUUUUUGCGCCUAAUAAUAUAGUCGACUAUAUCAAGGAUCACGUUCGUGAAGGAAUACAAGUAUACGUGAGCGGUCAGCUUAGGAGUAGACUGCGAACAGAUGAAGAUGGACGAUCAUUCCAGGAUGUACGAGUUCAAGCUAGUGGACUUUUCAAAAUCGUUGAUCCAAAACACAUCAUAGAAAAGAAUAGUUCAACUGGGAAGGAUGCCAGUAAAGUGAAUUCAGGAGCAGAGCAAACAUCAUAA